AUGCCCAGAGAGCUGACCCAGAACAAGAUCCAAAAGAUCUGGGUUCCUACCAAGGAUGAUAAACCGGCACCCAGUAGAGUGGGUGGUGUCCCCCACAUGGCCAACCCCCCAACCGUCAUCGUGAUGGUGGGCCUGCCAGCUCGGGGCAAGACGUACAUAUCCAGGAAACUCACGCGCUACCUCAACUGGAUUGGAAAGCCCACCAAAGUCUUCAACGUGGGGGAGUACCGCAGAGAGGCGGUCAAGAACUACAGCUCCUAUGAUUUCUUCAAGCCUGACAACGAGUCCGCUGUCAAGAUCAGGGAACAAUGUGCCUUAGCAGCCUUGAGGGAUGUCAAGUCCUACUUGCAGGACGAAGGAGGCCAAGUAGCGGUCUUCGACGCGACAAACACGACGAGGGACAGACGCAAUCUGAUUCUCCAGUUUGGCCGUGAGAACGCCUUCAGAAUCUUUUUUAUCGAGUCCGUCUGCGAUGAUCCAAGUGUCAUUGCGUCAAACAUCAUGGAAGUCAAAGUGUCCUGUCCGGAUUACAAAGACUGCAACAAGACUGAUGCCAUGAUGGAUUUCCAAAGGAGGAUUGAAUGUUACAAAGCUAGCUACCAACCUCUGGACCCUGAUCAGCACGACAGGGAGCUUUCCUUCAUCAAGGUGAUUGACGUGGGCCGUCGAUUCCUGGUCAACCGCAUCCAGGAUCACACCCAGAGCAAGAUCGUCUACUACCUGAUGAACAUCCACGUUCAGCCGCGCACCAUCUACUUGUGUCGACACGGAGAGAGCAUGGACAACCUGGAGGGUCGACUGGGCGGCGACGCCGGACUCUCGCCGAGGGGCCGACAGUUUUCUGCAGCCUUGGCUGGGUUCGUUAAGGACCAGCAACUGAAAGAUCUCAAGGUCUGGACCAGCCAGUUGUGCUGCAGCAUCCAAACGGCCGAGCACCUGGGGGCCCCGUAUGAGCAGUGGAAGGCCCUCAAUGAAAUUGACGCAGGCCUGUGUGAGGACAUGACGUAUGAUGAGAUUAAAGAGAAAUUCCCUGAGGAGUUUGCCUUGAGAGAUGAGGAUAAAUACUACUACCGCUACCCUGCCGGAGAGUCCUACCAGGAUCUGGUUCAGAGGGUGGAGCCGGUCAUCAUGGAGUUGGAGAGGCAAGAGAAUGUGCUGGUUAUCUGCCACCAAGCCGUCAUGCGUUGCCUUCUGGCUUACUUCCUGGAUAAAAGUGCAGAUGAAAUGCCCUACUUGAAGUGUCCGCUUCAUACCGUGCUGAAGCUCACCCCUGUGGCCUACGGGUGCAAAGUGGAGUCCAUCUCUUUCAAUGUGGAGGCAGUCAACACUCACAGAGACAGACCAGAGGAGGUUAAAAAAGGUCCUGGCAGCUUGAUCCGAAGGAACAGCGUGACCCCGCUAACCACCCCCGAAACGAACAUCAAGAAACCUCGCAUCGACGACCUGGACGAGGCCCCCGUUCAGGAACUGCCCCGUUCGGUGGCUUCGUUGGCGCUCUGCGGACCCUCGCACGUGAUGCUAGCCGGCCAGCACUGGCUGGGCAAAGUUUGCCUGUAA